UGUUAGUCAAUAAAGGGCUAUAAGAAGGGGGGGCAGAGCUCCCCAUCCCGCCCCUCUCUGCCCCAGUUCCCCUUUCCUGGGUGUCUCUGUGACUCUCCUGUUGCAGUGAUCGCUUGUGUCCCAUGCUCAGUGCAGGGCCUGGAAGCCAGGAGGCCUGGAUUCUGUUUCUGCCUUAGCCACUGACUCACUGGGUGACCUUGCACAAGUCAUUCCCUGCCUCUGUGCCCCAGUUUCCCCAGGUUGCAGAAGCCCAUGAAGCACUCUGAGAGUGUAGAUUGUAAUUCACAUUAUAGUGUUACGCUUUUGAACUUUAGUAGGGUUGUGGAUCAGGGCACCUAGAGCUUCAUAUGAGCAUCUUUUAUUAUAUAAAUUGAAAUAACUCAAUUGGGAAAUUCCCCAAGCAACAUCCACUCUCCUGGCCUGCACAGAAAAGCAGCUGCUAUUCAGACUGUUAAGUAUGAAGUGCUGUGCCAAUGUUGCUUUAAAUUAUUGUAUCUCUUGAAUAUCUUUUCUUUUCGGUGCAGUGUUAAUGUUGCAAUUUAAAUAACCUUGUUUUGUUUUGCACAUUUAUCAUUUUGCUUCUAGAGGUGAUAAGGGAAGUUAUUUGACCAGGGUCACACAAUGACCUAGUAUGUGAGCUGUGAAUAGAACCCAGGAGUCCUGAGCCAUCAGAGCAGGAGACAAUACUUCCUCUUGAGUGGGAUGUGCCAGGUGGCCUGGUCUGAGUUGCCUGAGCAUUUCCUGGUGCUCUUAGCUGGUGUCUGCAGAAAUUGGUCAUGUCGCAUGGUGCAAAACAGCUGGCCGCUGGGAUCUUACAUGCCACCGGCAAAGGCCAGCAUGGAAACUUCCUGGUCGCCAUCAAGCAGGAGAAGGGGGAAAUUCCCCGGACCAGCAGCGAGAAGCCCCAUGGCGAGGAGGAGCCAGUGAAGAAGAGGGGCUGGCCCAAAGGGAAGAAGAGGAAGAAGAUCCUGCCCAAUGGCCCCAAGGCCCCAGUGACCGGCUACGUCCGCUUCCUGAACGAACGCCGCGAGCAGAUCCGCAUGCAGCAUCCCGACCUGCCCUUCCCAGAGAUCACCAAGAUGCUGGGAGCCGAAUGGAGCAAACUGCAGCCCACGGACAAGCAGCGGUACCUGGACGAGGCGGAGCGCGAGAAACAGCAGUACAUGAAGGAGCUGCGGGAAUACCAGCAGUCGGAGGCCUACAAGAUGUGCACAGAGAAGAUCCAGGAGAAGAAGAUCAAGAAAGAGGAUGCUGGUUCUGUGUCUGUGAACAUUCUGCUGAACGGGCACCCGCACAAGGGCGGGGACUGCGGCGGGGACGGCUUCUCCACGUUUGACGUGCCCAUCUUCACCGAGGAGUUCUUGGACCAGAACAAAGCGCGGGAGGCCGAGCUGCGGCGCUUGCGGAAGAUGAACACGGAGUUUGAGGAGCAGAACGCCAUCCUGCAGAAGCACACGGAGAGCAUGAGCUGCGCCAAGGAGAAGCUGGAGCAGGAGCUGGCACUGGAGGAGAGGCAGACGCUGGCCUUGCAGCAGCAGCUCCAGUCUGUCCGGCAGGCCCUGACCACCAGCUUCGCUUCUCUCCCCAUCCCAGGCACCGGAGAGACCCCCACGCUGGGCACCCUGGAUUUCUACAUGGCCAAACUGCACAGCGCCAUCGAGAGCAACCCGCUCCAGCACGAGAAGCUGGUCGUGCGCAUCAAGGAGAUCCUCUCCCGGAUAGCCAGUGAACACUUAUGAAAGGCCUGGCGUGUCCUGCGGCCCAGCGCUGACAAGGACUGGGACCCUCAGCCACCUCCUCCCACCCGCCCUGACACCUGGAAUCCGCUGGAGCCUUGCGGCUCAGCACCUCCGCCUUGCACACAUCUUUGCUGGAGAAGGGCUUUGAGCGGGUUGAGUAACUCUUGGUCCUUCCGUGCAGCUGAGAACUGUGGGCCAGGCCCCCGUGAGGCCUUGGGGGGCAGGCCGCCAAGCAGGGACAGCAAGGCAGCUUGCGGGGUCACUUCUCGGCUCCUCCUGCGCCCCCGGCUCGCUGACUGCCAGGGCUGGGGCUCAGGGCCGCGCCCCGGAGGCGUGACUGCAUGCGCUGCAGGCUCCGCGUGCCCCAUUGCGAGCUGGCCCUCGAUUCUCCAGCGAUGCUGGAAAUCCUGGAGCAGCUGCGUUAAAUUAAACCACACAGCCUUAAAGCUGACCAGAAGCUGCCCUCGGCCGCUCACUGUGACAGUAAAUCAGGCGUGUCUCGGGCUGGUCCCACCCUCCAGUUGUCAAGGUGGCAGAGAAGUCUGUUUUGCCAAGGCAGGGCAGAAGCGCUCGUCGCUGGGAGGGUCCUGGUGUAGACCAGGCACAGCUGUCCUUACCCCUGUGUCAUCUAGACCUGCACUGAGCAGAAGAGGACACAGCAAUGAUAAGGCCACUGUCCUGCCCAUGUUAGCGCAACUUCCCCUAGAACUGCAUCAGUGUUCAGGCAAAAAUAGAUGGGUUCCCUCUUCCCCCCCACACACAAAAAAUGUCUAGUGUAAACACAGCCCAAGCUAUCAGCAGUGAAAUGGAUCAGUGUUGGCAUUUAAACUACCAUCAUUAGGUUUCAGGGUUAACCAACUGAUGUGAAGGGGGCUGUUCACCCCUCUUGGAGCAAUUGUUUCAGGCUGGCUGUAGACUCAAGCACUGUGUGGUGGGGAGGGAGCUCUGCUCCCCUAUCCCUAAAAUAGCAUGGCUGAGUAUUAUGGGGCUGGCCCUUCCUAGCCCUGCUGAGCCCUGCCUGCGGGGGCCUGGGGAAGCCAUGUCUGGGGUCAGGCCCGCUCCCUGGUUCUCAGCAUGGUGUCCUCUGCCUUAGUAGCUAUGGGGCAUGUUUGUAGUGUGGAUGGGACCAACUGGGUCAGACCUGUGGCAGGCCCAGCCUGGUCAGUCUGGUUACAGUCCUGCUGCCUGGAACAGGUCCCUGCCUGCAUUUGGGUCUAUGGCAUAGAUGGGCCCUUGUCUAAUCUUAGGGUCUGUGUUCACUGCUGAGUUAACCCAGGCACUUACCCCGUGGAACCUCAACCCCCUCCUGUCCGCACACAACCCUUCCCCUGAGUUGGGUGGUGCUCUCAACCCUGGCUAGCUGGCCCGGGUGCCACUUUCACUCGGCUGGGAACCCGCCCACUUUGCAGUGAGGGCGCAGGCUAAAUCACUCAGUGCUGAUAGUCCUCCAGCGCCUUCCCACAGUUCCCCUGUGUGCCCAGGAGGACAGACAAGUUCUCCCACAAUUCACUGGGAAGAGCCCCUGAAGUCCUAGUGCCACCCAGGCGAGUGCCAUGCUGACGCAGGCAUAGAAACAAGUCAGGUGCUGCUCGCCCUGGCUGGGCCAGCCUGGGUGCAGAUCACCUGCGUUCCUCUGUAGUGUAGGCCUAUCCCACGACGUCUCCAGGGUUAUCGUGUUCAAUUCCCUGCCAUCCUGUGCUGAGCCCCCAGGGGUCGUGAGGGGCAAAGGCUGCUGAGGGUGGGGAGACAGCACCCAUUUAGGUGCCCGGCGCUCAGGGAAGGUGAGGCAGUGUGGUGGAGAGCUGUGCCCUGGCAGGAGGGCGCCAUUCUCUGGGCGUGGGCAGGGGUGGGAGCCCCACUCCAUCCUGGCCAAUCCUGCAGACAUCACGCCAGAGAUGCCACUGGGGGCACGUCUACACUGCAGUUCAAACCUGCGGCUGGACCAUGCCAGCUGCUUUGGGCUCACAGGGCCUGGGCUACAGGGCUGUGUAAUUGUGGUGCAGACGUUCGAGGUGGGAGGGUCCCAGAGCACUGAGCCCGAAAGUCCCUUAGCCCAAGCCCUGCAAGCACAAGUCAGCUGGCCCUGGCCAGCCACGGGCUGUUAAUUGCAGUGCAGACAUGGGCUCACCACUUAACACUUGCCAAUUAGCCAUAAAGGCUAGAGACAUGGUCUGGCUCCAAACGUCCUCGCAGCCGGGGGCAGGGGGCCUGGCCCGUCUCACGCAAUUCAUUUGUUUUUACAAAGAAGUUGACUGUGACCGAACCUCCGGGUGAGCAGCGAAGAGUCGCUCAGUUCCCUCCUGGAGCCUCCUUCUGUUGGUCUGGCCCGUGAGAGAUGGCGCUGGAGCGUGACGCUGUGGGCUGAGGGUUUUAGAUCCGAUCACAGCACCUCUCCAGGCAUUUUGGUGGGCAGAGUAGGGACCAAACUGCAGUGCCAAGGGCAGUGCUGGCAACUUGCCUGCAGCUUCUAGCACCAGGCACUGCCAGCACCGGUCACAGAGAGCAGCAGCUUCCUCUGCAAGGAGGGCUAGGUGUCUGUGGGAGGAAUACGGUGCGCGCUGUGCACUGCAGGCACGUGUGGCAGGAUCCCUCCUUCCCUGGGGAUGUACCAUCUGUGUGUGCUCCCACUUGGAAACGCCUGUCUGCCACCAUGGCCCCAGCCCCAGCCCUGCUCAGCCAGUAGCACGGUGCUUUUCAGCCUGUGCUCCGUGGACCCCUGGGGAGCUGCCGACUGUCUAAGGUCUGGUCCACACUAACCCCCCCAUUCAAACUUCAGCUACGUGAAUAACGUAGCUGAAGUCGAAGUACCUUAGUUCGAACUACAAGGUACUGACCGCGGGUCCACAUGCGGCAGGCAGGCUCCCCCGUCGACUUCGCGAACUCCUCUCGCGGAGCAGGAGUACCGGUGUCGACGGCGAGCACUUCCGGGAUUGAUUUAUCGCAUCUAGACAAGACGCGAUAAAUCGAUCCCAGAAGAUCGAUUGCUUAACGCCGGACCCGGGGUAAGGAUAGACGUACCCUAAGGGGUCCACGAAAGGGUGCCGUUACCAUAGCCCAGUGCUUUUCAGCCAGGGGCCCUCAGACUGUAAGAUUUCCAAAGGAGCCUGCACCUCCAUUCGAAAUUUUGUAGGGGUCCAUAAAUGAGAGAAGGUUGCAAACCCCUGGACUAGCAGGUCUUGCUUGGCUGAGAACAGUUGCUCAGUUACAAGGGGCCGUGCCCUUGUGGUCAAGGGGCUGGGCCCUGGGAGCUCUGGGUAAACUCCCAGCUCUGCCACAGACCUUGGGCACAUCAUACCGCUCUCUCCACCUUGCGUUCCUCCAGCAGUGCAGGGGAGAGCGGCUCCCUUUCCUACCUCCCGAGGAGGUGUGAGGCCAGAUUCCCCAGUCUCAGCAGCCGGCUGUGGGGGCACCUAGCUACCCCCUCCCCUGUGCUGAGCGUGCUCUGGGAGCUGCACCCACUGGGGCCCGCUGAGCAUCAUUUUCAGUGCCUCUCAUUUUACGUCACCUGAGUAAGGGCAGUGGCUUAAAAGUUCCCCUUGUGCAGGAGCUGCCCUUGUACCUGCAGCGCCCAUCCCUGUUCUGCGGAGCUCGGGGAGCUCUGUGUCUUAACUCAGUGUCCCCCGGUAAGUGGGGUUAGUCACUGAUCUCGAUCAUGUAAUUAGAGAGACUUAUUUUCUUACUAGCACUGCGUAACAAAGCGCCAUUUCCAAUGAGCAGUCGCCUCUCCCUUGGGGCUAAUGCUCUGUCUGCUGUGGAGCGACAGCGAGAACUGCUCUGGUUUAUGUACGCGUCUCCAUGUCGCGGCCGCAGCCUGCGGUGCCUGGGAACGGCCAGGCAGACGUUUCAUACAAAUAAAAUUGGGGGAGAGA